GCGCGGAAACUUCUGCGGCGUCGAAAUGCAACAAACGCAGCGUCUAUCGAUUGAGGUCAUUAAAUGCGAUGUGUUUAAGAUGAAUAAAUACAAAAUUCGACAGAUCCGAAAGGAUCCGAAAUGAUUAAGCUCAUCGUCAUCUUUGUAUUCGGAACAGUUGGCGCCAUAAGUCGCGGACCACAUCAUCCACGCGGCGAGAAAGUCGUCAAGCACCACGUGCAUUAUACCCCAUCGCGACAUUCAAGUCCAAAGAAAAUGACUCAAGAUGAAGAGCUUCUGCACGAUACAACCCACUUGGAGGAGCACUCGGAGGAUCUGGUCGAUGUUUCCACGAUGAGCGAAGAGGAAUUAGAUUUUUUCUAUUUUCAAGUGCACGACAGUGACAAGAAUUCAAAAUUGGACGGGUUAGAGAUGUUGCAGGCCAUUCACCAUACAGCGCACAACUUCGAGUACACUAAAGGGGAAACAAUCGACAAGGACGAGGACUUUCAAUACUACAUUGAAUUAAUCGAUCGCGUUCUAACAGAAGAUGAUGCCGACCGUGAUGGUUUCUUAAGCUACCCCGAGUACAUAGCGGGUCGUAGAAAGGACGUUGAGGUGCCUCAAAUUUCUGACAUAGAACCGCUUUGAAAAUGUCUACCUAGUAAUACAUUCAAUUCUUUGCGUU